AUGGAUGAGACUUGUCCACUCUGCGGCCAGCCCGAGGGCCAUUUCGAGCCCCACAAAGUACAGAUAUCUUCGUUGCAACCCGUCCCCUCACCACCAUUCAUCGACGUUGAUGGUCUCUACAAUUUCCGCGACUUCGGUGGCUACCCACUCGCUGGCCAGGCCAAAAAAGCGGUUAGGGAGGGAAUUCUGUAUCGGUCGGCAGACCCGUCAAAAAUCACAACUCGAGGCCUGUCUGAGUUACAGCAGCUUCGGGUCUCCCGAAUCGUCGACCUUCGAUCGACCACGGAAAUCGGAGAGAGUGUGGAAAAGGGCUGGGGAAAAGUUUGGGCCUGGGAGGAAAUUCCGAGGGUCCAAACCGCUGUCUUUACCGACGCCGAUGUGACAAGUGGCCAGCGUGCUCGCCGGGAUCGGAAUCUGAGGAAUGGGAGUAUCGAGGGGUUUUUUGAGUAUUACGAACAAGUCUUAGAUGCCGCUACUUCACCCCAAAACCCAUACCAACCCUUGAAAACCAUCCUCCAACAUCUCGCCACACCUAAACCCUCCCGCCUUGAGCCGACGCUCAUCCACUGCUCCCUGGGCAAAGACAGAACCGGCGUAAUUUGUGCUCUCAUUUUGAGCCUCUGUGGUGUAGAAAACGUGGUCGUCGCACAAGAAUACGCCCUGACAGCGCUUGGGAUUCAGGAGAAGGUAGCGCAGAUUAUCCAGGAAAUACGACCUAACGGGCCGGGGAUUACUAAAGAGGAGGAGAGCUUUUUCAGUGCUAGGAAAGAGGCUAUGCAAGCGUUUCUAGAGCGGGCGGGACGUAAUGGGGGGUUGGAGAGGAGAGUUUUGGAGUCAAGAAUCUUGACCGCCGUUCAGCUUCAACAACUGCGGGAUAAUCUAGUUGUUGAUGUGCCUCUCAGUGAUAGCAUAGUGGAAUAA